GAGGAGAUGAUGUUCUCCGUUUUCCCCGCGGAAGCUCCGCAGCAGCAAGAUCCCGGAGGGGCCCCGUUGCCCGCCGCCGCCCCUCGGGCGCAGGCGCAUCCUCCUGCCCCCGAGGACCCCCUGGAGAAAGUGAAGCGCCCCAUGAACGCCUUCAUGGUGUGGUCGAGCGCGCAGCGGCGCAAGAUGGCCCAGGAGCACCCCAAGAUGCACAACUCUGAGAUCUCCAAGCGCCUGGGCGCCGCCUGGAAGCUGCUGGCCGACGCCGAGAAGCGGCCCUUCGUGGACGAAGCCAAGCGCCUCCGGGCUCGGCACAUGAAGGACUACCCCGACUACAAGUACCGGCCCCGGCGCAAGGGCGGAUCCGGCAACGGGCGCGCCCGGGACAAGGGCGCAGCAGGAGUCCCGCCGGGAAGCUUUCCGUGCGCCCCGACGGCCGAGCAGCGCGCCUGGAGCGCCUACGCCGCCGCCCCAGGAGGGACCCCCGACGGCAGGGGCGCCUGCUACCCCUACGAGCUCGCCCAAGGAGGACCCGGAGGAGGAGGAGGAGGAGGAGGAGGCUACGGGGCCGGAUCCGCGGCGCCCUACAGCACCCUGACGUACGGCGCCCAGCCCUCCCCGGGGGUGGGCCCGAUGAUCAAGCAAGAAAGCGGCCUGCAGCAGCAGUUCCCCCACUCCUUCGGCGACUUCCACGACGUGAUGACGGCUUACUCCUUCCAGGCGUGCGAGGCUGCGGACGGAGCGCCCCAGUACUGCAUCUCCCAGCACCCCUACUUGGGGUUCAGCAACACACCUCCGCUGACCCACCUUUAACCGGCUUGGAGGGCGGGGAAAGGACUGAUUUGUUUUUUGGGGGUGUGUGUGUGUUGGUUUGGGGGCUGUUUAACCUUCCCAGCUUCGUGCAAAAGGGGAAUGAGCUUAAUUUCAUUUGCGCACAAGACUUGCGUAUGUUGAAGUGGGAAGAUUUGUACAGGACUUUGUUUUUUUUUACGUUAAGAAAUGAAGGAAACGGGAACCUCUUAAGGGUGGGUGGGUCCCAAUUCCUGCUAGCAGGGAUUCCUCUUUCGGGUGGGGUGGGGGGUGAAACUUGGGGGGAGGACCCCCUCCAGGGCCGGCUGCCUGGCUUGUGUUUUUUUUACCGGAGAGAAAAAACUCCCAGCUAGAUUUGUGGAAGGGGGUCCCCCGGAAAACGUCAUGGGGAGGGGGGUUAUAUUUUGCUAACUACUUUUUUAAAAACAAGUUUUUAUAUUAAAAAAAGGAAUAAAAGUGGUUUGUGAAAGACCCAGGUUUUUAUAUUAAAAAAAGGAAUAAAAGCUGUUUGUGAAAGACCCAGGUUUUUAUAUUUAAAAAAGGAAUAAAAGCUGUUUGUGAAAGACCCAGGUUUUUAUAUUAA